UGAUCUGUAAAACACAAGACUUUGAUCCUAGGUAAGGUCCCUUUCAAGUUUCAACCACCACUUCUUAAGAAAGUUCAGAUAAGAAGCUAUAUAUCAUUUGCAGCAGUGAGAAGCCUGGAACUAAACCAAAAACAGAAUCAAAUUGUUCCAUGGCGUCCUUCAUUGCAUUUGUUUUGGAAGUAGUAGUUGUUGUUGUAUGGGCUUCUUUCACCCCUGCAUCAUCAUCAUCAUCACCUGAAACCAAGGCUCUACUCAACUGGAAAGCCAGUGGUACCAACUUUCCUGGUACCUGGAAUGCAACUGAUACAAGUCCAUGCAAGUGGGAGGGGAUGACUUGCAACGCAGCUGGAAGCGUAACAGAGAUAAACUUAUCUAAUUACUCCAUACAUGCUGAGCUCAACAGAUUGAAUUUCUCUUCUUUCCAAGAUCUAGUACUUCUCGAUCUCAGUUUGAAUGGAUUGUCUGGAACUAUCCCAGACAACAUUGGUAUGCUUUCCAAACUCACCUAUCUGGAUCUGUCUAAGAACAAUUUUUCUGGCAAAUUUCCUUCUUCACUAGCUAAUCUUACCAGAUUAUUUAAGUUGGAUCUUUCUAAAAAUGAAUUCAAUGGUGAAAUUGAUGAAAUUCUAUUCACCAAUUGGACCAACCUCUCUUCCAUUAAUUUUCACCAAAAUUUUCUCCAAGGAAAAAUCCCUGUUACCAUAGCUAAGAUGAUCAACCUCAACAUUCUCUGCUUCUCUAUCAAUAGUAUCAAUGGAUCAAUACCUCAAGAGGUAGGAAACCUGGAAAAUCUUAAUCAGUUGGACCUAUUAAGUAACAACCUUUCAGGUUCAAUACCUACACAGAUUGGGAAUUUGAGAAAUCUAAAUAGGUUGGAGCUAGGAAGUAACAUGCUUUCAGGUUCAAUACCUACACAGAUGGGGAAUUUGAGAAAUCUGAGUAAGUUGGACCUAAGGCAGAAUGUUCUUUCUGGUUCAGUGCCAGCUGAAAUGGGGGAUUUGGGCCAACUGAACCAGUUAGACCUAAGCAACAACAAGCUAAAUGGAUCAAUACCUGCAGCAAUGGGAAAUCUGAAGAAUCUCCACAUACUGGAUAUGAGUAAGAACAUGUUUACUGGUUCAAUCCCAAGGGAAAUUGGAGAUUUAGGUCAGCUGGUGCUACUUAAUCUCAGCCACAACAAGCUAAAUGGUUCAAUACCUGCAAAGUUGGGGACAACUAAUGUUUCUUACAUGGUUAUGGACUUGUCUAACAAUGAUUUGGAGGUUCCUGUUCCAGAUAGCAAUGUUUUGUGUAGUAAUUGUGAUCUUCCAUCUAAAAGCAAAGAGAAAAGCUUUAAAAUCAAGAUCUCGAUUAUUAUCUCUGUUUCUAGCAUCAUCUUUGUUGGAAUUGUAAUUGUUGCUGUCCGGUUCCUCUCGAGGAAAAAGUUGAAAAAUCUCAUGCCUGAAAGGUCCGAAACAAGAACAGAGAAAAAUGGAGAUCUAUUUUCCAUAUGGAACUACGAUGGCAUGAUUGCAUAUAGUGACAUCAUGGAAGCGACUGAAGAGUUUGACUUUAAAUACUGCAUUGGCACCGGAGGUUAUGGGAGUGUUUACUUAGCAAACCUGCCUACAGGGAAAGUAGUAGCUGUGAAAAAGCUUCAUCGCCAAGAAGCUGAAGAGAAAGCCAAUGAGAAGAGCUUCACUAAUGAGAUACACGUAUUAACAAGAAUUCGGCAUCGAAACAUUGUGAAACUUUAUGGGUUUUGCUCCCAUUCAAGCUGCAAAUUUCUAGUUUAUGAAUACAUAGAAAGGGGAAGCUUAACUUAUGUUCUUGGAAAUGAAGCAGAAGCUGUGGAACUGGAUUGGAGGAAACGUUUAAAUGUCAUCAAAGGAGUUGCACAAGCUUUGUCUUACAUGCAUCAUGACAGCACGCCACCAUUAAUUCAUCGGGACAUAUCAAGCAAUAAUGUUUUGUUGGAUGAAGAAUUCGAGCCUCAUGUCUCCGACUUUGGAAUUGCUAAAUUUCUAAAUCCUGACUCAUCCAACCGCACUAUAAUUGCAGGCACAUAUGGGUAUAUUGCUCCAGAGCUUGCUUAUACAAUGGUUGUGACAGAAAAAUGUGAUGUUUAUAGCUUCGGGGUAUUGGCACUUGAGACAAUUAUGGGAAGGCAUCCCGGUGAAUUCAUCACUUCAUUAUCAUUGCAGAAUGAAAAAGAUAUAAUACUAAAGGAUGUGUUGGACCCACGUCUCCCACCACCAUCACAAUUUGUAGCACAAGAUCUGAUUUCCUCAAUGAUGCUUAUAAUUGCAUGCUUGCACACCAACCCAAAAUCUCGUCCAACUAUGCAGUACAUCUCUCAGGAACUAGAACAUGUUGCGAAUCGUCCUCACAACUCUUUUGCUGAGUUCCAUUGUGGCAAGGAAAUCACCAAAUAAAAUCAAUACAUAAAGUUUCAAGGAAGUGGAUCUUCUACUGCUAAGAUGUUUUCCUACUGUAAUUAAAGUAUUGUUAGUUUCUUUCUUAAAUUUUGAAUUUUUUAU